AUAAACAAUGCAGCUGGAUAUUACAUCAAAACGUGAAACCGUGUCGCUUCUGAACGCGUCGUAGGAUGUUAGCUUUGUUAGCUAGCAGCUAUCCUCAACGCAAACAGUUUCAGGUCCAUUUCCGAGGAUGAUGGAUGCUCUGUCGGUGGUGUGUCAGCUGCGGGAUUUGGCCUCUGAGCCGCAGAACCGACAGGUGAUCGUCCAGGACCAGGGCUGUCUCCCCGGGCUGGUUCUUUUCCUGGACCACAAGGAUCCAGAAGUACUAUUUGCAACUCUGCAGACCCUGCGUUAUUUGGCUGAGUUGCCUCCCAACAUCCCCACUAUGAAGAAUGAACUGGGUAUGAUGGUGAGCUUGGAGAAUCUAUUUCAAAGAGGGGGCUUGUCUGAUGACAUCACAGCCUUGGCUAAAGAGGUUUACGGCAUUCUGAUUUCACCCAAUAAUCCUGCACCCCGCACACCAGCGAGUCAGAGAAGAAAGAAGUCUCAGUUCUUCAUCAAUUCCUCCAACAAGAAGGCCAAGUCUGUCACGUUGCACAUCCAGGGGCUGGACAGCAUUCACCAGCGAAGCUUGUGUGAAGAUGCUCUCCUGAGAGUCAAAGGAGUGAUAAGCUUUACUUUUCAAAUGGCCUCUAAAAGAUGUACUGUCCGCAUCCGCUCAGACCUCCCCACUGAGAGUCUGGGCACAGCCAUCGCUGCCACUAAGGUGCUGUCAGCUCAGCAGGUGGUGAAAAAUGAGGCAGGAGAAGAGGUUUAUGUUCCUCUGAGCUCGUCUGGAGUGCCGGUUCAGCAGAACUCGGCCCUUCCAGAUUACCUCCCGGAGGAUGAGGAGAGCCCACAGAGGGAGGUCGACCGAGCCAUCUCCCGCACUGCAGCCAAGGAGGAUAGCAACGGGAGCUGGCUCAACGCCGCGGCCAGUUUCCUCACGAAAACUUUCUACUGGUGAAGCUGGGGAGGGGCACAGACCGUGGAGUGGUUCUGUAGCGGACAUUACGAGCAGGGGGAGACCACACGAGCUCGGUCGUGUCUUGAGUAAUUACAAAUAUGUGAAUAGACUACAUUUUUUUUCCUCUCUACCUCUUAUUUUUCUUUCUACUUUUGAUUUUAAAUGUUUCUUUAAAUAUUUUUCAGUCUUUCCAAACUGCUUGUUUUCUCUACAUAUUCAAAUUUGAUGAUCUCAGUACUUUUUAGUAUUCAUGUCUUCUGUUCUGUUUAUUAGCUGUGUAGCUCUCUGCUAAAAUAAAUGUACAGUGAAAAAAAAAAA